GUUAGGAAUGAGAAAGGGCAUCAUUACAAGGAAGCCUGGGUGGCUCACAGUUGUGCGGAGAAAGGGCAUCAUUACAGGAGACACGACCAAGCGGGUGAAGCGGGCACGGGACGAGCUUGCGAGGAGCUGGCCUUAAAUGAGGAUACUUGGAUCCCCCGGGUCCCACCGUAAAACACAAGGUUAUCAAGAAGAUACGAUAAGAGGUUAAAGAGAAAAUGUAAAUUCCCCGGCCGCGGCGCUCAGGGAUUAAAAGCAACUCACACCCCCAGCCAACACGUCCCCCGAGAAGACGAACUUUGCGCGUGCGUAGUGCGCGCACGUCGCGUCGACCCGAGGCGCUCUCGCGAGAAGAGCCGUGCAGGCUGGGAAAAAUGGCGCCUCCCAGCCCCCGGGAGCCCAAGGCCCAGUCGGCCACUAGCGCGGCCAAACCCGACGGGGAGAUGGUGCUUCCGGGCUUCCCGGACGCGGACAGCUUCGUGAAGUUUGCUCUUGGGUCAGUGGUGGCAGUCACCAAGGCAUCUGGGGGCCUACCACAGUUUGGCGAUGAGUAUGAUUUCUACCGAAGUUUUCCUGGUUUCCAGGCAUUUUGUGAAACACAGGGAGACAGGCUGCUUCAGUGCAUGAGCAGAGUAAUGCAAUACCACGGGUGUCGAAGCAACAUUAAGGACCGAAGUAAAGUGACAGAGUUGGAGGACAAGUUUGAUUUGCUGGUCGAUACCAACGACGUCAUUCUGGAAAGAGUGGGUAUUUUACUGGAUGAAGCUUCAGGUGUGAAUAAGAACCAACAGCCGGUCCUCCCUGCAGGAUUACAGGUCCCCAAGACAAUAGUGUCCAGCUGGAACCGCAAGGCAGGAGAAUAUAGCAAAAAAACAAAAUCUGAAACUUUCCGGUUGCUUCAUGCCAAAAACAUCGCCCGGCCUCAGCUUAAAUUCCGAGAAAGGAUCGACAACUCCAACACACCAUUUCUUCCUAAGAUCUUCAUCAAGCCCAACGCUCAGAAACCCCUCCCUCAGGCACUCUCUAAAGAAAGGAGGGAACGCCCACAGGAUCGUCCAGAGGACUUGGAUGUCCCCCCUGCCCUGGCUGAUUUCAUCCAUCAGCAGAGAACCCAGCAGGUGGAGCAGGACAUGUUCGCACAUCCUUAUCAGUAUGAACUAGAUCACUUCACUCCACCAGAUUCAGUCCUUCAAAAGCCAGAACCCCAGUUAUAUAGGCCUGUGGGAGAAACACCCUGCCAUUUUGUAUCCUCCCUGGACGAACUGGUGGAGCUCAAUGAGAAGCUCUUGACUUGUCAGGAGUUUGCGGUAGACUUAGAGCACCACUCCUACAGGAGCUUCCUGGGGCUGACCUGCCUGAUGCAGAUCUCCACCCGAACAGAAGACUUCAUUGUCGACACCCUGGAGCUCCGAAGUGACAUGUACAUUCUCAAUGAGAGCCUCACAGACCCCGCCAUCGUUAAGGUCUUCCACGGUGCUGAUUCAGACAUAGAAUGGCUACAGAAAGACUUCGGGUUGUAUGUAGUGAACAUGUUCGAUACCCAUCAGGCAGCACGCCUUCUUAACCUGGGCAGGCACUCGCUGGACCAUCUGCUGAAACUCUACUGCAACGUGGAAUCCAACAAACAGUUUCAGCUGGCUGAUUGGAGGAUACGACCUCUGCCUGAGGAAAUGCUCAACUACGCCCGAGAUGACACCCAUUACCUGCUUUACAUUUAUGAUAAAAUGAGGCUGGAGCUGUGGGAGCGAGGCAACCAGCAGCCCGUGCAGCUGCAGGUGGUGUGGCAGCGGAGCAGGGACAUCUGCCUCAAGAAAUUCAUCAAACCUAUCUUCACGGACGAAUCCUACCUCGAACUGUAUAGGAAGCAGAAGAAGCAUCUCAACACACAGCAGCUGACAGCCUUUCAGCUGCUGUUUGCCUGGAGGGAUAAAACAGCUCGUAGGGAAGAUGAAAGUUACGGAUACGUCCUGCCAAACCACAUGAUGCUAAAGAUAGCUGAAGAACUGCCCAAGGAACCCCAGGGCAUCAUAGCUUGCUGCAACCCUGUUCCACCCCUCGUACGGCAGCAGAUCAAUGAGAUGCACCUCUUGAUCCAGCAGGCUCGGGAGAUGCCCCUGCUGAAGUCUGAAGUGGCAACCGGCGUGAAAAAGACCAGCCCGCUGCCCAGUCCCGAGAGAUUGGAGAAUGUUCUCUUUGGACCCCACGACUGCUCCCACGCCCCUUCAGAUGGCUACCCUGUCGUCGCAAGCGACGGGCCCGUGCCCGUGCAGAAACAGGCAAGCCUCUUCCCUGACCAAAGAGAAGAGGACGCCCCUCCAGAGACCAAAUGCCUGAUCGCUACCGCUGUCAUCACGUUAUUUAACGAACCUAGUGCUGAAGAGAGUGGAAAGGGCCCACUAACAGUUGCACAGAAGAAAGCCCAGAACAUAAUGGAGUCCUUUGAAAAUCCAUUUAGGAUGUUUCUGCCUUCUUUGGAACGCCGCGCUCACGUUUCUCAGGCAGCGAAGUUUGAUCCGUCAUCAAAAAUCUAUGAAAUCAGCAACCAUUGGAAGCUGGCGAGCCAGGUGCAGGUACGCAAAGAAUCUAAAGAAAUUGCCAAGGAGAAGGCAGCGGAGCAAACAGCCGCCCGGGACCAGGCCAGGGAAGAGUACAAAGCAACAGCGGAACAGGCCGUGUCCGUCCGACAGCAGGCUGCCCUAGAAAGCGCCGCCAAGAAGAGAGAGCGAACGACAAGUGGCCCGAGGACCACAGAGCAGAAACAAGAGAAGAAACGACUCAAAACUUCUAAGAAGCCAAAAGACCCAGAUCUGCCAGAAAAAGAUUUUACCCCUUACGACUACAGCAAGUCAGAUUUCAAGGCUUUUGCUGGAAACAGCAAAUCGAAACCUUCUUCUCAGUUUGAUCCAAAUAAGCAGAUGCCAUCUGGCAAGAAAUGUGCCAUACCCAAAAAACUUAAACAGUCGGUGGGAAACAAAAGCAUGUCCUUUCCAAGCGGAAAGCCAGACAGAGGUCUCAGGCACAGCUGGCCAAAGAGAUAGCGCUGGAAGAGACCCCUGGAAUUCCCCAGCGGACCGGAAGCACCAGACGGUGGUGCUGGUUUUGUACAGACUCAUUUUUAAACCAUUAAAAAUAAUUCUUACUGGAAGAAA